AUGGCGGACACAGUCAUCCAGUCUCACCACGAGGACCACAAUGCUGCCAACAUGGAGCUCAAGGACAACACCAUCAUUGUAGUCUUGGGUGCCUCUGGCGAUCUGGCCAAGAAGAAGACAUUCCCGGCCCUCUUUGGUCUUCACCGAAACAACUUCCUUCCCAAGAACAUCCGCAUUGUCGGAUAUGCGCGCACAAAGAUGGACCAUGAGGAGUACCUGAAGCGCGUCAAGUCGUACAUCAAGACCCCCACAAAGGAGAUUGAGAAGCAGCUCGAGGAGUUCUGCGGUUUCUGCACAUAUGUUUCGGGCCAGUAUGACAAAGACGAGUCCUUCCAGGAGCUCGAGAAGCACAUGCAGGAGCUCGAAAAGGGCCGCAAGGAGACGCACAGAAUCUUCUACAUGGCACUCCCUCCCAGUGUCUUCACCACAGUCUCCCAGCACCUGAAGCGUAACUGCUACCCUAAAAACGGCAUUGCGCGGGUCAUUGUUGAGAAGCCAUUCGGAAAAGAUCUCCCAAGUUCAAGAGAACUCCAGCGCGCGCUGGCACCAGACUGGACCGAGGACGAGCUAUACCGUAUUGAUCACUACUUGGGUAAGGAGAUGGUCAAGAACAUUCUCAUCCUCCGAUUCGGAAACGAGUUCUUUGGCGCAACUUGGAACAGGAACCACAUCGACAACGUUCAGAUCACAUUCAAGGAGCCGUUCGGGACAGAGGGACGAGGAGGCUACUUCGACGAGUUUGGCAUCAUCCGUGAUGUCAUGCAGAACCACUUGCUGCAAGUGCUGACCCUCCUCGCGAUGGAGCGACCCAUCUCCUUCUCUGCGGAAGACAUUCGCGACGAAAAGGUACGCGUCCUUCGUGGCAUGGCCGCCAUUGAACCCAAGAAUGUCAUCAUUGGACAGUAUGGAAAGUCAUUGGACGGAUCAAAGCCCGGUUACAAGGAGGAUGACACUGUCCCCAAGGACUCGCGCUGCCCAACUUUUGCUUCCAUGGUUGCCUAUAUCAAGAACGAGAGAUGGGACGGUGUGCCUUUUAUCCUCAAGGCAGGCAAGGCUCUGAAUGAGCAAAAGACUGAGGUCCGCAUCCAGUUCAAGGAUGUCACAUCUGGCAUCUUCAAGGACAUACCCCGAAAUGAGCUCGUGAUUCGAGUGCAGCCAAACGAGAGUGUAUACAUCAAGAUGAACUCCAAGUUGCCAGGUCUUAGCAUGCAGACCGUGGUCACAGAGCUCGACCUGACCUACAGGCGGCGAUUUUCCGACUUGAAGAUCCCAGAGGCGUACGAGUCCCUGAUUCUCGAUGCAUUGAAGGGCGAUCAUUCCAACUUUGUCCGUGACGACGAGUUGGAUGCCAGCUGGAGGAUCUUCACUCCUCUCCUACACUACCUGGAUGACAACAAGGAGAUUAUUCCCAUGGAGUACCCCUACGGCUCCCGUGGUCCUGCGGUGUUGGACGACUUCACAUCAUCAUACGGCUACAAGUUCAGUGAUGCUGCAGGCUACCAAUGGCCCAUGAACGAGCAGAAGCUUUGA